AAGUUAAUGACAAUGGAGAGAGACUGUGUGGAAACGAAACUCUACUGUACAUAAAUAGGAGGAGAGAGAGAAACAGAAAUUAAACACUGAAGAGAAGAAUCCAGAACUGAUACCUCCGACAAGCUGUUCCGUCCAUCCUCAAAUUUAACAGCUGACACAACCACAAUGGCUACACCCGUGGACAUCUCUCGCCACCUUCACUGUCCCAUCUGCAAAACCCUGCUAGCAGAUCCAGUCUCAACCACCUGUGGACACACCUUCUGCAAGGGCUGUCUGGACAAGCACAUCAGCGUGUCCGAGCCACAGUGCCCUCUCUGCCAGGAGCCUGUUACCACCAAACCCUCCGUGAACAAAGCAAUCGAAGCCCUCCUGCGAGAGUUUCACCAGACUCAGUUACCCAACCUAGACCUCUUCUGUGGAGAAAGAGACGCGAUUCCGUGCGACGUCUGUGAUGAACACAUCACAUUUAAAGCCGUGAAGUCCUGCCUGAUCUGUCUUCUGUCAUUCUGCGAUGAACACCUGAAGCCUCACCAGUCUAUGGCGAGAUUCAAGUGCCAUAAGCUGGUGAGUCCUGUGGAGAAGUUGGAUCAGAGAGCGUGCAAUACGCACGGCAGACCUCUGGAGCUCUACUGCAGACGUGACGAGUGCUGCAUCUGUGCCUUAUAUGUGAAGACGGGUGGAGAUGUGAUACCUGUGGAGACAGAGAGAGAAAGGAGACAGGCCUUGCAGCAAAACACUAUUGAGGUGAUGGAAAGGAUGAUCAAUCAGAGGGAAGACAAACUUGAGGAGCUUAAGGAAUCAGCUGCAAAAUACCAGACUCUGCUAGAGAAAGAGCAGCUAGAGAAAGAGCAGCAGGAGAUACAGAAGGUGUUUGCUGCAGUGAUGGAGGCGCUGAGGGAAACAGAGCAGGUGCUGAUCGCUCCUCUGGAGAAUGGAAGGAGGUGUUUGGAGAAUGAGAUGGAUGAGAAGACGCAACGAAUACAAAAAGACAUCCUCAAGUACAAGGAGGCCAUCGACAUUUUGCAUCACACUAAGAGUGAGGAAGAUGACAUCCUCUUUAUCCAGUCUUACCCGGCUGUGCCAGCUGAGUUCACAGAUGACUGGACGGUUUCAAUUGACACUGAGUUAAACUUUGGCACGAUGAGAAACACAAAGGCAGCCUUAAUGGCGGCGAUUGAGACGCAUCUGGAGAAACUUUGCACUGUCGAAAUUAGAAGGAUCCACAGCUUCUCAGUAAACGUAACUCUGGACGCAGAAACGGCGCAUCCGCACUUACAGGUGUCCACAGACGGUAAAGAGGUGCGAGACACCGGAGAGAGUGACGUCAUCCCGGGCAGCCCGCAACAGUUCGACCUGGUUGGAGGAGUCCUGGGAAAACCGCGCAUCACGUCGGGAAGAGCUUUCUGGGUGGUGGAGGUGGGGAAUAAGGUGGGCUGGGAGCUGGGGGUGAUGAGGGACGGAGCGAACCGGAAGGGCAAAGUGUCCUACAAACCCAGCGAGGGUUACUGGGCCAUCGUGCUCUGCGGUCAAAAAAUUGGCGCUUUUGAAGACCCUCCAGUCCUGCUUCAGCUCUCCUCCAAACCCCGGAAGCUGGGAGCAUUUGUGGAUUAUGAGGAGGCUAUGGUCUCCUUCUAUGAUAUGGAGGCUCUGUCACAUAUUUACUCAUUCACUCGGUGCAGCUUUAAUGGAGCCAUCCGUCCGUACUUCAAUCCUCACCCCAACAAAGACGGAACCAACUCAAGCCCGUUGGUCAUUUGCCCUGUCAAUCAAACUGACAUCUCUGUGUGAAAGUAAGGCCUGAUUUUGAGAGUUUGAAACUAAGAAGUAUCAGAAUAUUCAUAAAUAUUGACAUUGACAUGAUUGCCUUUCGUUUAUGUCUUUGUUUUCUUCUUUGGUAUGAUAUCCUCUGUAGUACUUUGAGUGGUUUGAAAAGCAAACAAGCAUUGAGGUGAAAAUUAUACAUUGUACAUCUAGAGAUAUUUA